AUGAGUGGUGAGAUGAUUGAAAGUGCUGUAAAGAGUGGGAAAAUUGAUGUUGGAGAUAACAAUAGAAGACAAAAUUCAAAGAAAAAAGAAGGUGAGGUAAACAACGUGAAUACACAUAGCAAAUCGAUUACGGUGAAUCAGCCCAGAAAGGUAGUGACAGGUCAACAGGGUUCAUCAAAACAGGAAUCUGGUACAAGGCCAAGUAAUGAGAGGCCUCAGUUUACACCCAUUCCUAUGUCGUACAAAGAGUUGUAUCAGAAUUUAUUUAACGCGCACGUUGUUGCCCCAUUUUAUUUGACCCCCUUACAGCCUCCAUAUCCUAAAUGGUAUGACGCAAAUGCACAAUGCGAUUACCAUGCAGGAGUUACGGGGCACUCCAUAGAGCAUUGUACUGCUUUUAAAAAGCUUGUUGAGAAGUUGGUUCAGAUGGGCGUUGUCAAGAUAGAUGAUUCAUCAGGUACGGAAAAUCCAUUACCCAAACAUAAUGAUGCAGGGGUAAACAUGGUAGGUGAAGGUACAGGGAAGAAGGUCAAGGAGAAUAUUGCUGAGGUAAAGAUCCCUUUGAUGAGGGUUUGGAAGGAAAUGAUAAGAAGAAGAUUGAUUGUUUCAGAUUUAGUGGAGGGUGGCAAGACCCAAAAUUAUUGUGAGUUCCAUCAGGAGGUGGGACAUGAAAUUCAAAGAUGUGAGAAGUUCAGAACUCUGGUCCAGAGCAUGAUGGAUGUUGGAGAAAUGGAGUUUUUUGAAGAGGGAGAAAGAAAAGAAAAUAUAUGCGCAUCGGAGUCAGAGACGAGGAUUCCGAAGAUAAUCAUCUCGUGCCCUAGGGUUACUGAAGUCAGGGCACAAAUGACACCGAAGAUUGUUAUUCAAAAAUCGGUGAAAUUUUUGUAUAAGGAUAACAAGAAGGUCCCCUGGAAUUAUGAAUGCGAGGUAACGGUUUCGGGGAAAGAAGCUUCAGUUAGGGUUGAGAAAGAAAACCAAAAGACAGGUUCUUAUACGAAUACGGAGGAGUACUGUGGUCGGAUAAAUGCUGAAAUAGAAUCGGUGGAGGGAAAAGUUAUUGCAGCUGAGCAAAAGAAUGAGGAGAAGGCUAAAUUAAGGCCAUUGAUUAAUGAGCCAAUAAAGGAGGAAGAAGCCACUGAAUUCUUGAAAUUUCUGAAACACAGUGAGUAUAGCGUGGUAGAGCAGCUGCAUAAGUAG